GACUGAACAAAUAUCAAAAUCCAAAAAUCGUGGAUCCUCCACCCGUAAGCAGAUUGUUAAUUGGAAUUAUCAAUCCUGAUCAUACAACUGGGAUAACUCAUCUGUGCCUCCCAGUAGCUUUUGUACGUGUCUGUACACUAUAUCUGCUAUUUAAACCCUCCAUCUCUCUUCAAAUAUCCCAAAAGCUCAUCCUCUCUCUAAAAUUAAUUUAAAACAAUACUGAAAAUUUUCUUGAGAGAAUGAAGAGUUUGAGACGGAGGCUAGCAAGAGUAGCAAAUUCUUCACAGUAUUAUCUUUUCCGAUCGGAGUCGAGGAUGAGACGCCGGGGGUCUGUGUCUUUCCGGAAGAACAGCGGUAUACCGGAGGGACACUGGCCGUUGUAUGUUGGCGAGGAAAUGGAACGCUUUGUUGUGAGUGCAGAGCUUUUGAAUCAUCCGAUUUUUGUAAAGCUUCUGAAUAAAUCGGCACAGGAGUACGGUUAUGAACAAAAAGGUGUUUUACGGAUUCCCUGCCAUGUGUUCCUCUUCGAGCGAGUGCUGGAGGCUCUGAGCAUCAAUGGCGGAGUUUCAGAUUCACGUGACCUCCAGGAUAUACUGAGUUAUCUUUCUGAUGAAUUCCGGUAGUGAAUACGAAUCAAUGGAAGAACAGAUUAACAGAAGUAAAAAGUAAUUAAUUCAUUGAAUUUGGAGUAUCGUCGCCAUAUGCUGAUGAAUGAUGAUGAUUUUUUGCAAUUAGAACAGUUUUUUCCUCCUUUUUUCCGAUUUAUCCUUUGUAAAUACGUUGUGAUCAUCAACGAAUUAAGUGGAGUCGUCUCAGAUUUUAGGGUUUUUGAUGAAUCUGUUUAGGCAACUGAGGUGGAAUGUGAGAGAAACACAGAAUGAUAUUGAAAAUUACGACUUUUUUUUUU